AUGGACGGGGUACCCGUGGCCGUCGUGGGCCUCUCAUUCCGCUUUGGCGGAGAAGCCUCAUCAACCGAUGGCUUUUGGGACAUGAUCACAGCUGGCCGCUGUUCGAGAGCACCAGUCCCUGGGUCGAGAUUCAACGCCGAUGCGUUCUAUCAUCCAGACACAAACCGGUUAGAGACCUUACCAGUCAACCAAGGCAAUUUCAUCACGGAGGAUAUUGCUGCGUUUGACGCUCCCUUCUUCUCAAUCCGUGCUGCGGAGGCGGCAGCAAUGGAUCCCCAAUCCCGCAAGCUGUUGGAAGCAACCUAUCGCGCUCUGGAAAAUGCUGGCAUUCCCAUCGAGCGCUGCGCCGGUACUAAGACGUGUGUUUUCACCGGUGUAUCGUCAGACGACUACCGUCUGAUGUACAACAAGGACACCAACCACCCGAUCCGGCACGCGGCCACGGGCAUGGCCAUGUCCAUGCUCGCAAAUAAGAUCAGCUGGUUUUACGACUUCAAGGGCCCCAGCGUGCAACUGGAUACCGCAUGCUCUGCCAGCUUGAAUGCGCUGCAUCUUGCCUGCAGGAGUAUUAGGUCCGGAGAAUCUGAGAUGGGCAUCGUUGGAGGAGCCAAUCUCUUCUUUGCACCACAGUCCAUGUCGCCGCUUGCGCACCUUAAUUUCUUCUCUCCAGAUGCGACAUGCCAUAGCUUUGACGCCCGUGCCAACGGCUACUGCCGUGGCGAGGGUUUCGGGGUGCUCGUGUUGAAGCCUCUUGCGAAGGCGUUGGCUGAUGGUGACCCGAUCCGGGCCGUGAUCAGAGCGACAGGGUCAAACGAAAAUGGUAGAUCGGUAGGAGGCAUCACAAAAGUCAGUUUCGACGCACAGCAGUCCCUCGUGGCGUCAACUUACCGCUCAGCCAACCUCGAUCCCAGUCUAACGAGGUAUGUGGAAGCUCAUGCUCCUGGGACAGAAGGAGAUCAGGUCGAAACUAGAGCACUGGCAUCCAUAUUCCAGGGCCAUCGUUCGCCUGAUGAUCCUCUAUAUAUGGGGUCAGUGAAAGCCAAUUUGGGGCAUUUGGAAGGCACGAGUGGAAUUGCCAGUCUGGUCAAGGUUGUGUUGAUGUUAGAAAGAGGCAUCAUCCCCAGGAUCGCAAACUUUGAGUCGCUCCAUCCAAACAUCCUGGGAACGGAAUGGAACAUGGCCUUUCCAAAAGAGACCAUUGAGUGGCCUGAGGGAGUCAGGAGGGCAUCCAUUAACUCUUUUGGCUUUGGUGGCGCAAACUCUCACGUCGUGAUUGAGAACGGGGACCAUCACGUUCUUGCCGCGAAGGUCUCAAAGCCUCACCCUUCUGGAGAAGAUUCCCUUGUUGGUGAUUUAGCUAAUUGUAUUGGGCAUCAACUAUCCAAUGGAACAAACGGGGUUACAAUCAAUGGGGUUGGGAAGACAGAGUCCCUGCUGCUCCUCGUGUGGUCCGCGGCAGAUGAGCAAGGAUUGGAGCGAAUGCGAGUUGAAUAUUCCUCAUACUUGGAGAAGAAUACGGCCGCUGAUAUGAGAAAACUCGCUUAUACUCUUUCGGCACGACGGACGCAUCUACCAUGGAAGGCUUUCAUGGUUUCCCCUGACAAGCCUAGUUCGCUCGACUUGCCCAAACCAAUUCGUUCAGUUAACGAGCCAAAGUUGGCGUUUGUGUUCACUGGCCAAGGAGCGCAGUGGGCAACUAUGGGUACCCAGUUUCUAGGAAACUCAAUCUUUCGCCAAACCCUCACCCGGCUUGCAGAAUAUUUCAAGGAGCUUGGCGCAAGCUGGGACCUGGAAGAGGAACUUUCGAAGAAAGCCGACGAGAGUCGAAUCGACAGUGCAGAGUUUUCUCAACCCAUUUUUACUGCCAUCCAGAUCGCAUUGAUCGAUCUUCUCCGGUCGUACGGCGUGCGGCCGUCUCUGGUUGUUGGCCACUCCUCGGGCGAGAUCGCGGCAGCGUACACAAGUGGUGCCAUAUCCGCACGGAGCGCUUGCCGGGUCGCCUUCCACCGAGGCAAAGUUAUUUCAGAGCAUUUUUCUUCGCUUAAUGAGGACUUUGGUAUGCUUGUGGUUGGGCUGCCAGUGCCCGAAGUAGAAUCGAUUCUGGAACGCAAUAUGGAAACCUUGGGUCUCUCUCGUGUUGCCAUCGCCUGCAUCAAUUCACCUAAGAACGUGACUCUAAGUGGGCCGCUGCGUCCAUUGAAGGCCUUGAAGAGCUUGCUUGGAGCUGAUGGUAUAUUUCUACGGAUUCUGGCUGUCCCGGCACCAUAUCAUUCUCCGAUCCUCAACGAUGUUGCGUCCAAGUAUGCUUCUCUUCUAACUGACCUUGAGCCGGGAUCCCAGGGUGCUGAGAACCCUCAAAUGGUUUCCUCAGUCACGACUGAAUUGAUCGACCAUGACACGUUAUGCCAAGGAAGCUACUGGGUAAAAAAUCUUGUUUCGCCGGUCAAGUUUGAACCGGCUGUAGCAACUCUUCUUCAACGACAGCCUCUCCAUGCUUUCGUUGAGGUAGGACCUACCGGAGCUCUUCGAAGUGCCAUCCGAGACACCAUGUCUACAAACCCUACUACACUCCCACCAGUGUAUUUUAGUAUCAUGGACAAGAAGAAUGCUUCUUUGGACCGUAUUUUCGAUACUCUUGGUCAUUUGCACAGCCUAGGUUUCCCUAUCGAUCUCGAAGCUGUGAACGGCAUCAGCGACAAUGACAAAGAGUGUCUGGUCGAUCUUCCCGAAUAUCCAUUUGACCAUUCCAAAACAUACUGGCACGAGAGUCAAGUUAGUCGCGAUCACAGAUUUCAGAAGCAUGCAAGAAAUGAUCUUCUUGGGUCGCGAAUCCUCAAUUGGAACCCUCUAGCGCCUCGCUGGCGCAAUAUGAUUCGCACGCUCGAAAACCCCUGGAUAGAGGAUCACAAGAUCGCGGGAGCGUUGAUCUAUCCUGGCGCGGGGAUGAUUGUGAUGGUUAUUGAAGCUGCAGCCCAGUAUGUCUCUGACAUUGACGUGCGGCGUCCUGCAGGAUUCUUGUUGAAGGAUGUGUCGUUUUUAUCAGCUCUCAAUAUUGCCUCACCCGAAGGAGGCGCAUCCACUGAGAUUGGUCUUCUACCGAUUGAUCCAAAUAGCAGCAACAGUGCCAACUCACGGCAAUUCUCAUUCCAGAUAACACUUCUCGACGGAGAGCAGUGGCGCGAAGUUUGUACUGGCAAAAUAACCGUUAAAAUGACAGACGAAAGCUCCUCAAAGCACAUGAAGACGGAGAACAAGCUUCUAGAGGACCGUCGCCGACAACAGACGAUCGACCGGCUCGGGGUCUGUCGAGCGGAAAUCCGAAGACAGAAGCUCUAUGGCCGAUUCAGAGAGACCGGUUUGGAGUUUGGGCCUACAUUCCAAGUAUUCGACGACAUCAAAUAUGACUGGAGGGGUGGUAUGGCCUCAGCGCGCAUCCGGCUUGAUAACUGGAAAUUGAAAGGCAAGCCUGAGUACGCUACACCGCACUUCAUCCACCCAACGGCUCUUGAUGGCGUCCUUCAGCUGCCGGUGGUGAGUCUUGGAGCAGGUGUUGGCCGACCUGUGCCUACAAUGGUUCCUAGCCAGUUGGAAACUCUCUGGAUUGAUGCAGACAUUCUUUCCCAUGCUGUGUCGCCAAAGCACGUUCAAGCUGUUUCCAAGGCAGAAUACCUGGGGUUCCGCAACACCAAAUCAGAGAUCUCGGUUCUCAGCAUGGAAGACUCGCGCGUGGUGUUGUUUGCUGAGGGGCUCGAGACUAUUAUUAUCGGCGGAGAGGCGGCUAACGAAGAGGAAAAGAACGGACAGCCCUUCUACAACAUGUCUUGGAAGCCUGAUAUUGAGAGCAUGAGUUCAGGAGAGUUGCAGAAGUACUGCACUUCGGAUUUGUCGACGACGGCCGCUUUCAAAGAGCAUAAUCCACAUUUAAAGUUAAUGAGUUUGUUGCUCCAUCAGAAUGUUAACACACGGAUGCUUGAAGUGGCUCCUGAAAAAAGUGAAGAUAUUUCCAAGCUUCCUCUUUGGAAUCUACUCAAGGACUUUGAAGGCCCAGCUGGGUACUACAACCUGGUGGCUAGAAAUCGAACCAAGGAUCUACCGAUUGAAGACACCGCCCAGGCAGGGAGUAUGAAUGAAUUAACCAUAAUUGACUUUGAGGACCUUAUUCAUAAUGGCCUCGACGCCAUGCCCAAACCAAGUUAUGACUUGAUUUUUACCUCCAGGCAGGGACCGGACCUCGAUAUACAUCUGUCGGAGUUAGCCCCUCUUGUCAAACCCGGCGGCAGAAUUAUUUUCUACGCAGGCUCGACAUCAGAUGCUAUCAAUCUCCAAGCUAUGGGGGGGCCUUUCGAGAGAGAGCUAGAGUUGGAAUGGAACGGGCAGCUUCUGACAUCCUAUAAAGAAGUCGCUGUGUCGCCACCAGUGAUAGAAGAAAGGCCAGUUUCCGUCAUUCUGGCCCCGAAUUCAUCUCUUAGGGCAUCAAAUCUAGCUAAGGCAGUUUUUGAGUCCUUCAUUAACAAUGGCUAUACCGGGACGAAAUUGCAACUGUGGGAUGAGGCACAAGUCGCACCCUCGCACAAUGAGCACACUAUUUUUAUCUCCGGCUUCGACUCUGUUUGUCCUUUUGACACUGGUCUGGGGAUUUUCAGCGCCCUUAAGUAUCUCUGUUCGACAAGAAAUAGCAUCGUGUGGGUGUCAUCUGAGUCCACAUCUCCAUCAGACGCAAUCGCAGCAGGUCUCACCCGAAGCGUUCGAAAUGAGCGUCCAGAUAUCAAUCUCACCACGCUCAGUCUUGAUAUUUCAGAUCUUGGCGCUGAUCGGCCUGAAUCGAAUGCCUUAGAGGCAGUUAUUAGAGUAUUCAGGAAGCAUACCACGCAGUCCAAGACGAAAGAGACUGAAUAUUCCUGGACUUCAGAUGGGGAUACGAAGGCCCUGCUGACUCCACGACUCUCUUUUUCACCGGCAAUCUCUUCCUAUGUGAACGAAAAAUCCCACGAGCAAAAGAAAGUGCAAAGGAAAUUCAUCAGCCCUGGUGGACAAAAUAUCAAGUUGACAAUUACUACGCCGGGUCUGUUGGAGACUCUGACUUUCGUGCCAGACCCAACAGCACAUCUUGCCCCUCAGCCUAAUGAGGUUCUCAUCCAGCCCGCAUACACCGGACUGAAUUUCCUCGAUGUUCUCACAGCACUGGGACGUAUUCCUCAAAUCUCAGUUCUCGGGGUAGAAGCAGCAGGAACAGUCACAGCCGUCGGCACAUCUGCCGAUCUUGAAGUUGGGGAUCGCGUCGUAGUACUCACCGACGGUACAGUGAGGUCGUGUGUUCGUGCAGACUACCGUACAGCGGUCAAGAUACCUGACGGUCUCUCCAUGCGCGACGCGGCUAGCAUGCCCGGGACCGCUUGUACUGUGUACCGUGCACUUGUGGACGUCGCUGGUCUUCAGCCCGAUGAAAAGGUCCUGAUCCACGCAGGGGCUGGGGCAACCGGACAGAUGGCCAUCCAGCUAGCCCAGCAUAUCGGUGCCGAGGUGUUCGUCACGGUGGGCAGCGACGCUAAGAGGCAGCUCGUUGCGACGACGUACGGGAUCCGGGACGAUCAUAUCUUCCACACGCGCGACACCAGCUUUGUGGCAGGCAUGAAGCGUAUCACUAAUGGUUAUGGAGUUGAUGUUGUGCUGAACAGUCUCUCUGGCGAGUUACUCGAAGCUGGUUGGACCGAACUUAUGGCACCGUUCAGCCGCUGGGUUGAGCUGGGCAAGAAGGACAUUUUGGACAAUCGUGGCCUAAGCAUGAGGCCGCUUCUGAACAAUAUCUCCUUCUCGUGUGUCGAUCUCAGUGGAAUCUGGCGCCAUAGACCUGCGCUUAUGAGAAGGCUGCUGAAUGAUGUGUUUAGGCUCGUAUCGGAGGGCGCCAUCAAGCCCGUGGCCCCUCUUACUGAGUUUGGUGUUGGGAAAGUAGAAUCUGCUUUCAGAAGUCUUCAAAGUGGAAAGUUUGGAGGGAAGGUGGUGAUCAACAUGGACGACGAAGAAGAGGUGACUGUCAAAUGCCAGCCCGAGAAGACGUGGGCUUUCAAGCCGGACCACAGCUAUCUCCUCGUUGGUGGGUUUGGAGGCAUUUCUCGAAGCGUGGCCAGGUGGAUGGUGAAGAGGGGAGCGAGAAAUCUGAUUCUGCUGUCACGUACGGGUACUAAUGAAGACCCAAAUCGACUAGCUUUGCUAGAAGAGCUACGAGGGUCCGGUUGCAUGGUAGAGGUGUUGGUUUGCGAUGUAUCCGACCACAGAAAUCUGGAAAUAGGACUUCAAAGCUGUCAGCAAAAAAUAGGUCUUAUCGCUGGAUGCAUUCAAUCCAGCAUGGUGCUCAAGGAUCAAUAUUUCGAGAACAUGGCCGAAGAGGAGUGGAGGAUCAGCACCACUUCGAAGAUUGCCGGCUCGUGGAAUCUUGAUCGUCUGCUACCCAAUGGCCUCGACUUCUUCAUCUUCUUCUCCUCGCUUGUAGGAGUUGUUGGUGGCGAAGGGCAGGGAAAUUAUAGCGCGGGUAAUGCUUUCCAGGACUCUCUGGCAGUCAGUAGAGUUCGAAGGCGCCAAAAGGCCGUUUCGUUCGACCUGGGAAUGGUUGUUGGUGAGGGUGCCGUGGCAGAAGACGAACACUUGGCGCGCACCUUGGAAAGCUUUGGGUGGUACGAGCCCACGACAAUGCGUGAGCUUGAGAUGCUACUUGAACGUUAUUGCGAUCCAGAGCUACCGCUUUUGAAACCAGAGGAAGCCCAGGUGGUUCUCGGUAUUCGCUCGCCCGCCGCUCUGCAAGCUAGGGGUUACGCUAUUCCGAAGUGGAUGGCACACCCAUUGUUCAAGACUAUGUACCAUGAAACGGGAAGUACCAACGCCAACUCGGGAUCCGAUGCGGCCCAGGAAGAUCGGAACAGUUUUAAGGCGUCCAAAUCUUUGCACGAAGCCGGGGCAAUAGUGGUACAGGCCCUAACGAAGAAGCUAUCGAACGCCCUCGGUAUUCCAAUUGCAGAUGUGGACGCAUCACGGGCCGUCCAUCUAUACGGCGUGGAUUCUCUCAUUGCGCUCGAGUUGAAAAACUGGUUCGCGAACGAGUACAAGGCAGACAUCACGGUUCUUCAAAUUCUCAGUAACAUCACUCUUGAGCAACUAGGAUUGAAAGUCGCGGAGGAAAGCAGCUUUACCAAAGCGUUGAACGGAUGA